UUGAACGAGUACAGCAUCCCCGAGUUCGCGUCGUUUGUGGAGAAAAUCGGCCACAAGGUAGCUGACCUCGACCGCCUCAACGUCAUCCACGUCACCGGCACCAAGGGCAAGGGCUCGACAUGCGCCUUUGUCAACUCGCUGCUGAGCAGCGACCUAGAGAGCGGGCGCAGGCUCAAGAUCGGGCUCUUCACAUCGCCGCACUUGAUCGAGGUGCGCGAGCGCAUCCAGAUCAACGGGCAGCCGAUUUCAAGCGACAAGUUUGCCAAGUACUUUUACCAGGUGUACAAUGCGCUCAAGGCCGAGGAGCCGAAGCUCAGAAAGGUCAUGCCCGAGUCGCCGGACAUGCCCAUGUAUUUCCGGUUCCUGACGCUGAUGGCGUAUCAUACGUUUUUGCAGGAGAGCGUCGAUGUGGCCAUCAUGGAGGUCGGGGUUGGUGGCGAGUACGAUUCAACCAAUGUUAUCCAGAAGCCAGUUGUGUGCGGAAUUGCGUCGCUGGGCAUUGACCACCAGGGGUCGCUGGGUAACACAGUCGAGGAGAUUGCCUGGCACAAAGCUGGAAUCAUGAAGCAGGGUGCGCCGGCGUAUUCUGUCGAGCAGCCUGACGGCGCCUUGCGGGUUCUGGAGGAGCGGGCAAAGGAACGCCACACAACCAUCGAGAUCAUCCACCCGCUCGACCACUCGGUGGAGCUCGGCAUCCCGGGCGAGCACCAGGCAAUCAACGCUGCGCUGGCCGUCAAACUCUGCCAGGAGUGGGCAGCACGGACAAACACAAGGUUUGCCAAUGGCUCGUGGAUCGCUGACGGUCUGCGGACCGCCAGAUGGCCCGGGCGCUCCCAGACGUUUGCAUCGCCCAGACACGCAAACAUCUCGUAUAACGUUGACGGCGCACACACCGUCGAGAGCAUGGCGGCUUGUGGCAAGUGGUUUGCAUCAAUGGCCGCCGAUGUCCCGUGCGUAUUGGUGUUCAAUGCUGCGCAUGAGCGCAACGCAAGGGCCCUGCUAGAGACGCUGUGGAGUGAGACCAAGAAGUGCAAGUUCGUUGCUGCGGUGUUCUGCCCAAACCUGUCGAACCGUGUGGACAGCGUUAAUUUCACAGUCGAGAAUGACGAGGAGCUGAAGCAGCAGAAGGAGUCGGCUAAGAUCUGGUCCGAGCUGUCGGGCAACAGCGACACCACUGUGUGUGCGACCAUCAACAAGGCGGUCGAGCACGUCGAGUCAAGAUUCGGCGAGCAGUCGGGCGCCAAAGUCAAUAUCUUGGUUGCAGGCAGCCUGCACCUGGUGGGCGGGUUCCUGGAUGCGGCGAAGGGAUCGAUCUAG